CCCCGCCCCCUCAUUUGCAUGGCAUUGGCGCGCGGCGGCACCGGGAGCGGCGGAGCCGGGAUGGGGCGGAGCGGGAUCGCGCUGCGCCUGGCGCUGGAGGGAAACAUCGCCGUGGGCAAAUCGACGUUCCUGCGGCUGCUGGGCCGCGCGUUCCCCGCGUGGCAGCGGGCGGCGGAGCCGGUGGCGCGCUGGCGGGAAGUGGUGGCGGGAGCGGCGCAGGGCGGAAACCUCCUGCAGCGCCUGUACCGGGACCCGGCGCGCUGGGCCUUCACCUUCCAGACCUUGUCGUGCUUGGGCCGCCUGCGGGCGCAGCUGGAGCGGCCGCUGGGCCCCGUGCGGGUGUCGGAGCGCUCCGUGUACAGCGACAGGUACGUGUUCGCCAAGAGCCUGUUCGAGGCCGGGCAGCUGGACGCUGUGGAGUGGGCCGUGUACCAGGAGUGGCACACGUUCCUCGUGGGGCAGCUGGGCGCUCACACCGCCCCGCACGCGUUCCUCUAUCUCCGCGCCUCCCCGCAGAGAUGCCUGGAGCGGCUGCGGGGCCGGGCGAGGCCGGAGGAACAAGACGUGACCCUGCGGUACCUGCAGCAGCUCCACGCACAACACGAGCGGUGGCUGCUGGAGCGCAGCGCUGAGGUGCACUUUGCAGAGGUGAGGCACACACCGGUCCUGGUGCUGGACGUCGAGGGGGACUUUGAGCACGAUGCAGCAGCACAGGACGCGCUGAUGGCACGGGUGGGUGGAGGACUUCGUGAAGGACCUGCAAGAUGGAGCUGAACCGCAGCACCCCGAGGGUGGGCACAUGGCUGGCACUGCUGCUGGGCACUGAGCUGAGCUCCCUGCAGCAGCACCGAGGGGAUCCACGAGGCUGCUGGGAUCCUACACGUACCACAGACCCCCCCCCAUCACAUCUGUUGUGCAGGGUGGAUGUGCUUGGGUCCGUUCCAAUGGAAAAACAAAGAAACAAACAAACAAAAAACAAAGCAAAUCAAAGCAAAAAUGUCGGUGCUUUUGUUUGCGUUUAGGUUACAACGAAAUCCAGAUGCUUUCUUGUUU